AUGGACCUGGGCACGUCCUUGCUGGGAUCUGCAAUGAUUCCCCCUGCCCUGCUGGCAGCAGGCACCGGCACCGGCCUGAGCCGCAUCCCCGCAGCAAAACGAGGUCGUUUGGGGACAGCCGGAAAACUUCUGGAAAUCUGGGUGAAAAAGGCAGCGUCUCCAAAUAAGGUGGGGAUGAGGAAUCCCAUCGGAGCGGGCUCCCGGCUCCGCAGCGGGCGUGCGGGGACCUCUGGUGGCAGCCGAGCCCGGGAGUUCCCGUCCCUGCUCUUCUUCCCUCCGGGUUCUUUUGGGACAAGCCUGGCCCCCGAGCCUGUGGCGUGUGCCAAGAGGAAGUGGAAGAUUUCAUCCAAAAUUAAUACCUCAAAGCAGAGGUGGAGUUUGACAUUAAUCGGUGUGUACACGCCGGCUCCGGGCUGGCGCCGCUUGUGCCGUGCGGUGCCGGGGCAGGCGGGAACAUCCCCGGGGGCUCCGUUCCCGUUAUCCCGCUCCCGGUGUCCCGCUCCCCGACGGGGCGGCCCCCGGCGCUUUCCCUCGGCUCGGGGGUGAUGCGCAGGGCAGGGCGGUGCCGGCGGGCGGUGCCGGUGCCCAGGGCGGGCCCCGGGGCUGGGCGAGGCGGAGCCCGGCGGGCAGCGGGGCCGGUCCCAUGGGAGCCCGGCGGGCCGGUGGAUGCCCAUGGCUUUCAGCCCGGGGCUGCUGGUGGUGGCCGGUUCCUUCGCCGCUUUCCGCCUGCUGAACCGGGGGCUGGAGCGGCUCGUGCCACCGCCGCCCUCGGCCCGGCGCAACCGCUGGAAGUGGCGCAACAUCUGGACAUCGCUGGCGCACAGCGUGCUCAGCGGCGGCGGGGCGCUGGCCGGGUUUUACCUCCACCCCGAGAUGUCCAACGACCUGGUGGGCACACACCCGCCCGGGGCGCACAGCCUGGUGGCCGUGUCUGUAGGCUAUUUCAUUGAAGACUUUGUGGACAUGUUGUGCAAUCAGAAACUUCAUCAGUCCUGGGAGCUGCUCUUUCAUCACUCUGUGGUGAUCAUCUGCUUUGGAAUCGCCGUGCUGCUCCACCAGUACGUGGGCUUCGCCCUCGUGGCUUUGCUGGUGGAGAUCAACUCCAUCUUCCUGCACCUGCGGCAGAUCCUGCUCAUGGCCAACCUGGUGCGCACGCCCUGCUACCGCCUCAACAGCCUGGUCAACCUGGGCACCUACGUGGUGUUCCGCAUGGCCACGCUGGCCUGGAUGAGCCGCUGGCUCUUCCUCAACCGCCACAACGUGCCCGCGGCCGCCUACGCCGUGGGCACGGCGGGCAUGGCAAUCAUGACGCCCAUGAACAUCGUCCUCUUCUACCGCCUGCUGCGCAGCGACUUCCUCAAGGCCCGGCGCGACAAAGAGGAAGGGCAGGAGAAAGAGGAGCAGCAGGAGAAGGAGGAAGGGCAGGACAAGGAGGAAUAGCCCCUCCCCUGUGAGCCCAUGGAGCACUGAAGGUGAACGCGGCUGUUUCAGCACCUUGCAGGCCGGGGCUGCACUAACAGAGCACCCAGGCUUUGCUCGUGGCCCUGCACAGCAAGGAGGUGCUCAUGGACCAGGCUCUGCUCCCCGCUUUUGGAUGAUGUGGUUGGACAGCUGGGAGCUGCCCAGAGAGGCUCCCUGAGGCGCCACUGAGGUGAGAAGGGGGCAGAGCAAUGCUGUUUCCUCACUGCUCUUCCAGACAUCCCAACACCACAGGGUGUUUCCAGCCCCCAGCGUCAGCCACGGAUCACUGAGCUCUCUGUGGCUUCUCUGUAGAACAGCACCAGCAAGACAGGCUCCAAGGUUUUGCCUUCAGGGUGAUGGCCAGUGAAAACCAAGCCCUGCAUUGACGAGCCCUCCCUGAGGAGAUUGUCCCACCUGGCUGGGUGGUCACUGUGGGGUGCAGGUCAGGAUCAGCCCCAACCUCUGCUGACAAUGGAGCUUUUUCCAUGUUUUGUCCCCAGAUAAUUUAAGUGCCCACAAAUGAGGGUGGGAGAGCACGAGUGGCUGGCAGGAGGAUGCUGUGUAGUGGUCACUUCCCACAGAUGUGGGGUUUUCAGGCACUUUUUAGGAUUGGGGAGUGCCAGGUUGUGCUGCAGAGCCCGGGGUAACGCUCUCACCCGGCAGCAAAGGCUCCUACUAACACGAGCUUUUAAUCAAUGGCUGCAAAAUGAAGUGGCUUGAGGGGAAAGGACUGAGAGGGGACAAAAGGACUCAUCCCCCAGCCCACUCUGGGGCUGUCACUUAGCACAGUCCUUACCCCGUGUCUCCCUGCCAUGGAGUGAAAAUACACUGUACACUGGCACACUCUA